AUGCCCAUUAAAAACCUAACAGAAAAUAACCCAUAUGUGGAAAAAGUAGAAAACCUCUUAAUGCAAGAAGAAAUCCAAAACAUGAACAUGAAUAAAACAUGCUUACAAAAACAAGAAACAGAAGAAAUUAUAUUAAAUUAUGAUAUAAAUAGCAAAACAGAUACUAUUUGA